AGACUUGCUCCACGCUGCAGAGUGCCUGCAGGUGUGUGUGUGUGUGGGGGGGAGGCAAGGCUCUCCAGCCAGGCAGGGUGGAGCCACCCAGGCUGCUUCCUCCAGUACCAGACAGCUCCAGCUCGAGGCCAGGGACAUUCCUGGUGGCUGGUGGCUGACUCACCCACUGCGAAGGCCUUGGCCCCCAUUCAGCUAUUUAGCCGCGGCUGCCAGGCUGUCACUGGAACUCCACUGCGCGGGGAGCCGCCCUCGCCUGGACCCAGCCAUGGCCGUGCAGGUGUCCCUGUGGCACCACUACCUGGCGGCCGCCCGGUCGCGGCAGGCGCCCCGCGCGCAGGCCUUCCAGGGCGCGGAGGACGUGCUGCUCACCGUGCUGGAGCGCCUGCAGGCCCUGGACGCCCGCUUCCUCGUGGACUACUCCCGCGACGCGGAGGCCUUCCAGUUCGCCCUGCGCUCCUCGGAGGGCCCGCUGGACGUGCAGGUGCCGCUGCGUGUGGACGCCCAGGCGCUCCUGGUCCAGGAGCUCGAGGCCGCCGAGCCCGGCCAGGGUCCCGGGUGCUGCCGCCUGGGCAUCCCCAGGGACGCGGCCGGCCUGGAGCGCUGGACGACGGACGACGUCUUCAGCGCGUCCUCGGAGGCCGACGCCGAGUGCUGCGGCCACAUCGUGCCCAGCAAGGUCCUGCGUGUGCUCAGGGAGCUGCUGGUGGCCGCCAUUGUGCACUGCAGGCACCACGGCCUCAUCCCCCCAGGUUCCCUGAGUGCGGCCAGCCUGGAGGAGGAGCAGCUGCACCUGUCCCUCUUGGUGUCCGGCGGCUGGAGGAAGAUCCGCUUCAACGUGGUGCCUGUGGUGAGGAGGGAGCACCCGGGGCCCGCCCUGGAGGGGGCCCAGCUGUCGCCGGGAUUGCCCGAGGGCAGCCUGCAACGCAUCCUCAGCCACGGGGUGGACCUGGUGCCGGCCAGCGGCCAGCAUUGGAGGACCUCCACGGACUACCUGCUCACAAGGCUGCUGCACGCUCUGGGCUCCCUCCCCGGCCACAGGCUGGACGGGCUCUGCAUCCUGGACAGGGUGAACCACGAGAGCUGGCGGGACGGUGGCCAGAGCCCCGGCCUGAGCUUCAGCCACCUGAAGGCGGUGCUGCUGUGGGCCUCGGCGCUGUUCCCGUCCCCGGAGGACUGGGCGGAGCUGCAGGGUGCCGUGUACCGCCUGCUGGUGGUGCUGCUGAGCUGCCUGGCCACCCAGCGCCUGCCCCACCCGCUGUGCCCCACCCACAACCUGCUGGGGGCCCUGGGCCCGGACCUGCACGCCGUGUACCCACUCGUGGAGCGCUUCGCCAGCCAGCCCGAGGCGUCCCUGCGCAUCCACGCCACCCACCUGGGCCGCUGCCCGCCCCCUCGCCUCGGCCACGGCAUCAGGGCGCUGCUGCAGCUGCCGGCCAGCGACCCCGCCUACUGGGCCACUGCCUACUUUGACGUCCUGCUGGACAAGUUCCAGGUCUUCAACAUCCAGGACCAGGACCGAGUCUCUGCCAUGCACAGCGUCUUCCAGAAGACCAAGAAGCUGGGCGCUGGAGAGGGCUGAGCAGGGCGGGGCGCCCCCGGGACCACCCCAGCCCGGCCGUGAGCACCGGGAAAGGCCGAGGGCUGGCUGUGGCCCCGUGGCGGGGUGGGGUGGGGGAGGGGCGGUGGCUCGUGGCACAUUCGGUCCUGAGUAAAGCAGAGGCCAUGCCUGCA